AUGGAUGCUUACGCGCUUCAUCUGGCCAUGGCGGCUCUGGUCGGAGCAUCUUUCGUCGCCGUAUCCGCUUAUUAUAUGCACCGCAAAACCCUAACGCAGUUGCUGGAGUUCGCCAAGACCGUCGAAAGAGAAAGAGAGAGGUCGGACAAGGAGGAAGAGAACUACUCCGACGGGGACUCUGCGCAGCAUUUGAAGAAGCGGCGUAGCAGCCACAACAAGAAGAAGGGGAACGGUUACUACCGCCGCGCCUCGGCGUCGCUACCUGACGUGACGGCUAUAUCCGGCGGGCCGAUUGACGGAGAAGAGAGGCGGAAUGGCCUGCUACACGUGGACGGGAUUCCACCUGGCUUGCCGAGGUUGCACAUGCUGCCUGAAGGUAAAUCUGCUGGACAUACUAAGAGAGCUGGAAAUCUCAUUAGACCAACUUCUCCGAAGUCUCCUGUUGCCAGUGCUAGUGCCUUCGAGAGUAUAGAAGGGUCGGACGAAGAAGAUAUUAUUACUGAAGAUAUAAAGCUAGACACCACUUACAUGCUCCCUAAUGGAACAGCUGAGAAUUUAUCAGACCAAAUUCACAACAAUGGGGAGCAAAUUGCCAUCCCUGCUGCAAGCAUGAUCCGUUCACAUAGCGUAUCUGGUGACCUACAUGGUGUCCAGCCUGACCCAAUUGCAGCUGACAUUUUGAGGAAAGAGCCUGAGCACGAAACUUUUACACGACUGAGAAUUUCUCCAACUGAGGUACCCUCACCUGAUGAAGCGGAGGCAUACAUUGUUCUGCAAGAAUGUCUUGAAAUGAGAAAAAGAUAUGUAUUCAAGGAAGCUACGGCUCCAUGGGAGAGAGAAGUAAUUUCUGACCCUAGCACGCCGAAGCCUAAUCCAGAGCCUUUCUUCUAUGCUUCAGAAGAGAAGUCCGAUCACUAUUUUAAAAUGCAAGACGGUGUAGUUCAUGUAUAUCCGUGUAAAGACUCCAAGGAAGAGCUCUUUCCUGUUGCUGAUGCAACAACCUUUUUCACUGAUUUGCAUCACAUACUCAGAGUUAUUGCUGCUGGAAAUAUGAGGACUUUAUGUCAUCAUCGGCUUAAUCUUCUGGAACAAAAAUUCAACCUCCAUUUGAUGCUUAAUGCUGAUAGGGAGUUCCUAGCCCAGAAAAGUGCUCCACAUCGUGAUUUCUACAAUGUCAGGAAAGUUGACACUCAUGUUCAUCAUUCUGCAUGCAUGAACCAGAAGCACCUUCUAAGGUUUAUUAAAUCAAAAUUGAGGAAGGAGCCUGAUGAGGUUGUGAUAUUUCGAGAUGGGACUUACUUAACACUGAAAGAAGUUUUUGAGAGUCUGGAUUUGACUGGGUAUGAUCUCAAUGUUGACCUUCUCGAUGUUCAUGCGGACAAAAGCACGUUUCAUCGGUUUGACAAGUUCAACCUUAAGUAUAAUCCUUGUGGCCAAAGUAGACUCAGGGAGAUUUUUCUUAAGCAGGAUAAUCUCAUCCAAGGUCGUUUCCUUGGGGAGUUAACAAAACAAGUGUUCUCUGAUCUCGGCGCAAGUAAAUAUCAGAUGGCUGAAUAUCGAAUAUCAAUAUAUGGGCGGAAGCAAAGUGAGUGGGAUCAGCUUGCUAGCUGGAUAGUUAAUAAUGAUCUAUACAGUGAGAAUGUUGUCUGGUUAAUUCAGCUUCCACGACUCUACAACAUUUACAAGGAGAUGGGAAUUGUGACAUCAUUUCAGAAUAUCCUUGACAACAUAUUUAUUCCACUCUUUGAGGUCACUGUUGAUCCAGAUUCACAUCCUCAAUUGCAUGUUUUCUUGAAACAGGUUGUUGGGUUGGAUUUGGUUGAUGAUGAAAGCAAGCCGGAAAGACGCCCCACGAAACACAUGCCCACUCCAGCUCAGUGGACGAAUGUGUACAACCCUGCAUUUUCAUAUUAUGUGUACUACUGUUACGCCAAUCUCUACACAUUAAACAAGCUUCGUGAGUCAAAGGGCAUGACAACUAUCAAACUCCGCCCACAUUCUGGAGAGGCUGGAGACAUUGACCACCUGGCUGCAACUUUUCUCACGUCUCAAAAUAUAGCUCAUGGGAUCAACUUGAGGAAAUCUCCUGUACUUCAGUAUUUAUAUUACUUGGCACAGAUUGGCCUGGCUAUGUCUCCUCUCAGCAACAAUUCUUUGUUUCUCGACUACCAUCGGAAUCCGUUUCCAAUGUUUUUCCUCCGAGGCCUCAAUGUCUCGCUCUCUACCGACGACCCUCUCCAGAUCCACUUGACCAAAGAACCCUUGGUUGAAGAGUAUAGCAUUGCUGCUUCUGUUUGGAAGUUGAGUUCGUGUGAUCUCUGCGAGAUUGCUCGGAACUCAGUAUACCAGUCUGGUUUCUCUCAUGCUUUGAAGUCGCACUGGAUAGGGAAGCAGUACUACAAGAGAGGACCAGAUGGUAAUGACAUUCACAAGACAAAUGUACCCCACAUACGUGUUGAAUUCCGUGACACGAUCUGGAGGGACGAGAUGCAACAAGUUUACCUUGGAAAGGCCGUUAUCCCCUACGACGUGGAUAAAUAA